UUUGCAUUUUGAUUAUCUUUAAAAAUGCUAAUAUUCCAUAGAAUCAUAUUUUCAAACACCUGGCGGUCACCAUGCUCGCUCCUCUCUAUCAUCCGUCGGCUCCGCUGCCAGUUCAAUGUCUCCAAUUGUUUAUCUAAGUCCUACAUUGAUGAAGAGUGUAAUGACUUUUUACUGUGGUUUGAACACAAGGCAGGGGUGGAGAUAUCUUCCUUGCUUUUAAUUGGAAAGUCCGCUAAUGGAAGGUCGCUCGUUGCUCGUCACCCUAUAAAACCAGGCGAUUGCUUGUUGAAGGUUCCUUACAACGUGCAAUUGGCCCCUGAUAACCUUCCUAGAGGAAUCAAUGCAUUAUUAGGAGAUAAUGUGGGCAAUGUUGCUAAAGUUGCCUUGUUGAUUUUAUAUGAGCAAAAGUUGGGCAAGAAAUCGGAAUGGGACCCUUACAUUUCUCGUCUUCCCCGGCCUGAAGAUAUGCAUAACACAAUAUUCUGGGAUGACAAUGAGUUAGAGAUGAUUCAACAAAGUUCUUUACAUCAGAAAACGAUUAUGCAUAAGCUGUUUGUUGAACAAGAAUUCUCAACAAUUAAGGAGCUUAAAAAGGCUUCCUUCCAAUUCUCUGAAAUUAUCCAAGAUGUGACAUUAGAGGACUUCAAAUAUGCAUGUGCUUUAGUUACAUCGCGAGCAUGGGAAAGUUCCAGGGGGGUAUCAAUGAUUCCUUUUGCUGAUUUUGCAAAUCACAGUGAUCUCUCUGACACAACUGUUUUGUGUAGUGAAGAGAAGCAACUUUCAGAGGUCAUUGCUGAUUAUAGUUACGCUCCUGGUGAUCAGAUGCUCAUAAGAUACGGAAAGUUUUCAAAUGCAAGACUCCUUUUGGACUUUGGAUUUACUCUCCCUUGUAAUGUGUAUGACCAGGUUGAAGUUGAGCUUACUAUACCUCAUGAAGACAAACUACGUCAGUUGAAGUUGGAGCUUUUGAGCAAACAUCAGAUACCAAUUCUUAAAGAUGUCAAUGGAUUCAGUUCCUCUGAGAAUUCGUUUGCACUCAAGGAAGUUAGGUCUGCUGACGCUCAAGGUAGGGGAAUUCCACAGUCAAUUCGUGCAUUUGCUCGUGUUCUGUGCUCCAAUUCUCCACAAGAGAUAAAUGAUUUGGCCAUGGAAGAUGCAGAAAAUGAUGGUCGGGUGGCUCGGCGUCCACUAAAGGACAAGAGCAGAGAGAUUUUAGCACAUCAGUUUUUGCUCUCAAAAAUCACUGGGCUAAUAGAUGAGUAUAAUGUAUCUAUUAAGGCCAUACCGAGAGAGAAGUGGAUAUUUCAAACACCAGAGUUGCAAGUUACUUUGCAGGCACUGCUGAUGAAAAUCAUGAAAUGCAAAAAACUUGUAUUAUAUUAUUUAAUGCUAAACCAGCACAAAAUGAUGCAGAAGACUAAGUUGAGUUCUCUAUGCAAGAUGCAUUUCUACUUGGCCGCUAAAGGGGGGCAGCAGCCCUUAGAUGGAUCUCCUGCCACCCAUGCAGGAAGGGUUGCGCUAACAAUAAGUUUCAACCCCCCUUUGUAUGGGAUUGACAUAUGCUUACAACUACUAUGCAGUAGUGAGGGAAAAUGCCAUAAUGGCUUCAUGACUCUAGCUUUUAGCGAAGGAAAUAUGACUUUUUCUUCUUUUAAGGUGUCUCCUGCUACUUCCACUUUUUUUUUCCAGUAAAAUUGCAGCCUUCAAGAGUAGUAAGAAGUAGGGUGGGCAUUCAGUUCUUCGUGUUGGUUCGGUUAUUCAAUAGUGAAUAUGUUUGGGUCGGUCUUUUCUAAUUUGGUUCUUAGGUAUGGGCCUUAUUAAUGCGCUACUUUUCUUCUUGUUAAAUGGCUAUUUUUUUAAGGGAUUCUUACAUGGAUACCGCACAACAAAAUUUCAGCUAAUGGCCGCCUGUAUAUGUAAUGUAUCUAUCUUAUAUAAAUAGUGUAUAGCCGUAUAUAUAUGAUGUAUAACUGUGUAUAAGAGAUGUAUAUGCAUACUUAUACAUUGUUAUACAAUAUUUAUA